AUGGCCAAGAUCGAGUUCUCCGCUAAUCCAACUCACCUGUCGAAACAUCCACAUCCACAAACAUCACCGCCACCUCCUUCCAAUCGAGAUGAAACCCGAAACUCAGUGGAUUACAUCAGCGAAUUGCCCAUUGGCAUAAUUCUUCAUAUCUUCUCCUUCUUGACCUCAAAAGACGCCAUCAAAACCAGUGUCUUGUCCAAGCAGUGGCGUUACAUUUGGACCGCUAAUCCACGUAUAUCUUUCUCCAUGCCCCCCUGCUAUAAUAGGAGGAUGCUUCGGAGUUUCACAGCUAUUGUCGACGUGGUGCUAUUACGCUGCACUGCAGUUAAGGUGAAGAGCUUCCACUUUGAUGCUACUCGUCUCUUCUAUAAUAGUUGGCUCCGCUUUGCCGUCGGGCCAACCUUUCAUAGGUGGCUCCGCUUUGCUGUCAAACACGACAUCGAAGAGGUGUCGAUGUUUUUAGAUCACGAAAUUUAUACGUUGCCGAAGUUCUUUUUCCGCUGCACCACAAUGGUGAGUUUUCACGUGUCCCAUUGCCAUUUUUCGAUGAUGGGUGCUGUGAAUUGGUCUUCGCUGAAGAGAUUGCGCAUUGAUCAUGCAAAGUUGGAGGAUAAUGCAAUCACGAGACUUUUGAAAGGCUGCCCUGUUCUAGAGUUCUUUGAGUUGAAAGGUUGCUGGGGCUACGAGCACAUUAAAAUUGAAUCAAGAGGAUUGAGAGAGUUGGUGAUCGAUUCUCACAAGUAUGACUUUGUUCAUGGUCAGAUACUGAAAAUUUCAGCUCCUCAUCUUCUCAAGUUGCGCAUAUUGGGCGAUUGUGAGAGGGGAGAGUUCAAAAUAGAUAAAGUUUCUUCCUUCGUUGAGGUCGAAGUAAAUUUCAAGAUGGAUUAUUAUGUAUCUGGCCAAUUACAAGCUCAAUCCCAGGGCGAUCUUGUCAGGAGGCUCAUCCAGAGUUUGCAUCAUGUCACGAAAUUGGUGAUGGGGAACUUGUGUCUUCAGAGCGUUACCGCGAAAGAAUUUUGGGAUUCUGCCAACCAGAGGAUCUACCCGUGUCUGGUGCAUCUCAAGAAUGUCGAGAUUGUUGAUCCCGGUGCCCAUUGGCUGGCGUGGGAACCUGUUCUUUCCCUGUUCGAGUUUCUCCUUCAGAAUGCACCCUUGCUGGACAAAAUAAAGAUUAGUAGUAGUAACAAUUCCAGCAUCUACCACAAAGUUAUUCUGUCGCACCCAAAUCGUUCUCCCUGCUUGAAGGUCAUUCUUAGCUAUCCCUCCCAAGGAUGUCCUUCGACGAGGGUGCUCCUCUCCUCUUUGUACACCUGA